AUGAAGAAGAAAGAUGGCAAGAGUGCCUCCUCUGGACCUCACUGUCCUUCGCUGUUGAAGAGCCAGGACGUUGUUAACCUCGUCGUCCAAGCUCACGGCAAGAAGGAUUUAGCCAGAGCUUGUACUGAUGAUGAAACCCCUGAAACCGUUCCGGAGGGUUGGUUCUGUAUUCACGAGAAAUACAUCUCCAAGUGUCAUCUUAGGUUCCCUCUUCCAACCCUCUUGCUAGAUCUCCUAGAUCACUAUCAACUAGCCCUUUCCCAACUUUGCCCCUCGGUUAUCCGAGUGGUAAACGGAUUCAACACCAGGGCUAAGGAAGGAGUUAUCGUAGGGUUGACCGAGCUGAUGAGUCUUUUCUUGAUAAAGGAGAGCUCCACCAAGGAGGGUGGAAGCGGGAACUAUGAUCUCCCCUGUCGUCCAGGGCUAGAGAUUAAGGACCCUGUAAAGUUAUCCGGUAAACUCACCAGAGCUCUCUGUAGGAAGCUGCAACACAGCCCUAAUACCUGGGGAGCUUACACUACCACGAGAAUUGGAUCAGCUAGGUUCCCUGAUCGAUACAAGGCUUCCUUUCCUGAUUCAGUCACGGUUGAUGGUUUAGAAGUUUCCGAAGGUGAAUCGGUAGUGUCAGUUUCGUCGGAAGCUAGUACCUCAGAGAAGACUCAGUCACACAAGAUGCCUAUCCAGCCCUCGUUCCGUUCCAGGGGCUCUGCUCCUGUUAAAGAUGCCAGUUGCUCCGAGCCUAGAGUUCAGGAAGUUGUUCCUCACUCCGAGGUCCCGGAGACGAAAGCUGAUCCACAAGUGAUGAAGGAUACUCAUGAUUUUGAGCCUCCAAGGAGCAAGAGAGGAGGAACCGUUGGCUGGAACUUCACUCACUCGAAACCUGGAUCGGUCUUGGAUGACUCGUGGGGUUUGGCUACGCUGAUGAGGCACAUGAAGAGAACCGGGUGCGCCCUCCCCUCGAUCGCCAAUCUCAUGAACAAAGAGGAGUACGUAGAGAUUGCCCAUUGCAUGGGUCAGCUGGCUGGAGCUGUUAACAGAGCUCAAUUGAAAUUCGAGGAUGCUAUGCAUAAUGCCACCAAUGCUGGAGAGUUAGCUCAGGUUACUGAGAUAGUCAAAGAUACCAAGACGGAGCUUGACCAGGCUCGGGUUCAGGUCUCUGAACUUCAAGCUGAGGUCAAGAGACUUGGCUCCAAGGCCGACCUUCAGCAAGGGAAGAUUGAGAGUCAAGCGAUGGAUAUCCAGGUGAAGGGUAGGAAGAUCACUGAGUUGGAGUCUGCUCGGAAGAUAGCUGAGUAUCAGGUCAAGGAGCUGAUUACUUCGUCUCAAGACAAAGAGAGGAACAAGGAAGCUGAGGAGAAGUUCUCCAAGAAGAAGGAUGAAGUCGAUCUUCUGAUUUACGCUCAAGAGCUUCAGGCUAAUACCGAGCUCCUGAAGGAUAUGCUAAACAAUGAUAUCAAGAGUGCUGAAGAUGAGUACAAUCGCUUGAUGGCUAUGAUGCCGGAGGCGGCUGCUGCGUACAAAAAGGCGCAAGUCUCAGACUUCUCGAUCACCCCAGUUGAAGCCACCCCAGGAGAUUACGACAAGGAAAUGGAGGAAGAAGUUCCUGACAAGGAAGAUGAACCAGUCGAUAAGGGAGCUGAGAAGAGGUCAGGUGAUAAGGAAGUUUAA